UCCUCAUUCUCUUUUUUGUGUAUGUGUUCGUUUCUCCAACCCUACAAUGGGUUAUAGUUUCAUCUUGCAUAUACCAUAUUAAUUAAUUUCUCAGUUUAGGAAAAUCUAAGCCUGCGAUUUCCAGAACAUAAUCAAUCCACAAUUUCAUAUAUAUCUACAUCUACAUAUAAGAUAAAGGAGAGCAGAGGCUUAACGUAAAAGGUGGGGACAUAAGUCCCUCUCUUUGUUAAAAAGAGAGGGCAGAGGGCAGCUUCUUGAGGUGGGAAUUAAAAAUAGGAUUAGAAAAUGGCAUCGGUUUGUGGAGAUGAGAUGGUGGAAUGGGAGAAUGCAAGUGCACAUGAGGAGAAAAUCUAUGUUGCAGUGAGGGUUAGGCCUCUGAGUGAUAGGGAAAUCUCAAAGAAUGAUUUGUCGGAUUGGGAGUGCAUCAACAACACCACCAUCAUUUUCAAGAACACUCUUCAAGAACGUUCUCAACUUCCCAGUGCCUACACCUUCGAUAGAGUUUUUGGGGUUAACUCUCCAACAAAGCAUGUCUACGAGGAAGCUGCCAAGAAGAUUGCACUCUCUGUGCUCAGUGGGAUAAACUCAACUAUCUUCGCGUACGGCCAAACAGGCAGUGGAAAGACAUUCACUAUGUGUGGAAUCACAGAAUGUGCCAUAGCUGAUAUAUACGACUACAUACACAAGCAUCAUGAGCGAAACUUCGUUCUAAAAUUCUCUGCCAUGGAGAUCUACAAUGAAGCAGUGAGGGACCUUCUGCAAUCUGAUGGCACUCCCCUUAGACUUCUUGAUGAUCCGGAGAGAGGGACUAUAGUCGAUAAGCUUACAGAGGUGACCUUAAAGGACUCGCACCAGCUAAGAGAGUUGUUAUCUAUUUGUGAAGCUCAAAGGCGAAUAGGCGAGACUAAUCUCAACGAACUCAGCUCUCGAUCUCAUCAAAUUCUGCGCUUGACUGUUGAAAGUGAAGCUGUUCAGUACAUGGGAGUGCCAAGUUCUAGCACUUUAACAGCUUCAGUGAAUUUUGUUGAUCUGGCUGGGAGUGAACGUGCUUCUCAAACCAACUCAGCUGGAACACGGCUCAAGGAAGGGUGCCACAUAAACCGCAGUCUACUAUCCCUUGGAACUGUGAUCCGAAAACUAAGCAAAGGAAGAAAUGCGCACAUCCCAUACAGAGACUCGAAGCUGACGCGCAUACUGCAGAACUCGCUGGGUGGGAACGCGAGGACUGCUAUCAUAUGCACCAUGAGCCCUUCCCACAGCCACGUGGAGCAGUCGAGGAACACCCUUCACUUUGCCAACUGCGCCAAGCAAGUUCACACCAACGCCCAAGUCAAUGUGGUCAUGUCCGAGAAGGCACUCGUCAAGCAGCUCCAGAAGGAAUUAGCCAGGCUAGAGUCUGAGUUGAAGAAGAUUCACUCCCACUCCAACCCCGCCCCAACUGCUCUCAAAGAGAAGGAACUUCUCAUUCAAAAGAUGGAUCAACAGAUAAAAGAGCUCAUUAAUCAACGCGAUCUCGCUCAGUCUCGCAUGGAGAAUAUGCUGCACCAUCAAACCUCAAGAUCUUGGAGUCACGACGGAGCUUCCUGGACUGAUGAAUAUCCGGCCUCCGAAGCUUCCGAGCUCAUGGAUCCCCUCAGGUUGGACGUUGUGUCGCAGUCUGGCAGAUACCAACCCAGGAUUGCGGAUCAGUUCCCCGACAACAACGAAGAGCAGUUCCUGUCCGGUACCAUGUCACCCAGAAUCUGCAUCGACAAGUACUUCGGCCCCGAUCCAUGCCAAGGAUGGGAGAAGAUGGCUCAACAGAAUUGCACCAAUUCAAGAAACUCCCUCUCAAGAAACUCCAACUCCUUGUCAAGUGUUUCUUCGCCACGCAAUCUCUCUUCUUCCCCACGCCAUCACUUGUCCACUGCUUCCUCUCCACGCACCAGAGAGCGCCUCUCAGGGCGAUCUCUUGCUUCCUCAGACUUUAUUGCAUCUGAUCUGAGUCCAAAAACAGAUAGGACCAGAAACAGUGUAGGCCGAUCUCUUGCUUCCUCAGAUUUCAAUGCAUCUGAUCUGAGUCCAAGAACAGAUAGGAGCAGAAGCAGUAUAGGGCGAUCUCUUGCUUCAUCAGACUUCAAUGCAUCUGAUCUGAGUCCAAGAACUGAUGGGAGCAGACACUGUAUAGGGCGAUCUCUUGCUUCCUCGGACUUGAAUGCAUCUGAUCUGAGUCCCAAAACAGAUAGGACCAGAAACUGUGAAGCAAUCCUGGCAUCGAUCAUGAAUGCGAGUGAAACACCACCGAUUCUAGAGAAGAUAUCCGGUAAAAAGACACUGGCUGCUUUGCUCAGAGAGAACUCGCGGAGACUCUCUGAUGCAAAGAUACAGUCUAUUACUGAUUCUCUAGCCAGACAGGACUCGGAGAGGUUUUCCGACGUUAAGCUGCACUUCAUUAGUGAUUCUUUAUCCGGAGAGGACUCCGGGAGGUUCUCCGAUGCAACGAUGCAAUCUGUUAGUGAUUCUCUAUCCAGACAGGAUUCCGGGAGGCUGUCUGAUGCAAGAAGGCAGUCUAACAAUGAUGCUCUGUCUAGACAGAACUCAUCCGAUGUAAGAAAACAGUCGAAUAGUGCUGUUGCUCUGACAAGACAAAACUCCACAAGGGGAAAAUCUAUGAGCAUUGAGUCCCACCAACCUAAGACAGUGAAGCAACAGGAAACGAACAAGGUGAGUAGUGCUGCACAAGGCAAAGCUAAGAAGGAAAAGACAGCUGAAGAAAGUGCAGGUAGCAAAGCUAAGAAGGAAAAGGCAGUGGAAGAAGGUAAGAGUAAGAAGGAUAGGAGGUCAAAUGGCGGUGAAGAGAUUGCUACACCUACUAAAGCUAAGAAGGAAGAAAGUGAUGCAGAUUGGAAGGUUGAGUUCGAAAGGCGGAAGCGAGAGAUAAUCCAACUCUGGGACGAAUGCCACAUCCCUCUUGUCCAUAGGAGCUACUUUUACCUUCUCUUCAAAGGAGAUCCAUCAGAUGCAGUCUACAUGGAAGUAGAGCACCGCCGCCUCACCUUCCUCAAAGCUGGAAACAAAGACGCCAAAGAUGAGGUCCCUUCAAGCCCAAAGGCUCUGCAACGCGAGCGCGAGAUGCUGAGCAGGCGGAUGCUGAAGAAGCUCACCAACAAGGAGAGGGAAGCUCUAUUCCAAAAGUGGGGCAUAGAGGUGAAAUCAAAGCAGAGGAGGCUGCAGCUGUGCCGUAAGCUGUGGACUGAUACCAAAGACAUGGAUCACGUGAACGAGAGCGCCGCAAUCGUGGCCAAACUGGCUGGGCUCAAGGAAGCAGGGCAGGCCCCCAAAGAAAUGUUUGGCCUCACCUUAGUCCCCAAACAGACCAACUCCAAGUCAUUCAGCUGGAGGCAUCCCAUUCCUUCCAUCAUCUGAUUUACCCAUCAAAUGGUUUUGUAUUUUUUUUGUUAGGUUUUCGACUACCGUCUGUAUAUACGAUACAUUGUUGAGACCCUAACUCCUCUUUCUUAUUUCCCUUCCUAAUACACUAAAGCUCCACUGCAGUAUGUGAAUUCAUCCUAUCAUUGCUUCAUAACUUACAUACAAGUAAGAGGCUCUAACAUUAUGAAUUUAGUCAAAACCAUAUCUUUAUUCAACA